AUGGAUAUGAACCAUCUAAUAGGCCAGCGGUUCAACUUGAUCUCAAAGAGCGACAUUCGCUAUGUCGGCACACUUCACGAAAUCAACCCCGAAGCCUCGACAAUCGCACUUGAGAAUGUCGUCUCGCACGGUACUGAAGGACGACGAGGCAACUCCACUGAAGAGGUCCCUGCAUCUACGACUAUCUACGAAUACAUUGUUUUCAGAGGCAGUGAUGUAAAGGAUAUUAGUGUCGCCGAAGAGAAGAAAGAGCCAGAAGUACCUCCUUCGCAAGUUCCAGAUGAUCCUGCUAUCCUCGGUAGCAUGUCCCGCCCUGGCGCUCAAGCUCCUCAACAGCAACCUCCUCCCCCAGGCCCUCCUCCAGGCCCUCCUGGUCCCCCCGGACCCCCCGGUCCUCCAGGUGGCCGACCUGGUCCACCUCCUGGCUAUCCUCAGCAACCUCCGUUCCAAGGAUACGGUUAUCCUCCCUACGGUCAACAGCGUUUCGGUCCUCCUGGCUAUGGACCUCCUGGCCCAGGUUUCCCUCCAUAUGGUGCUCCUCCUGGAUGGUUCCCGCCUCCCGGCCAGGGUUUCCCACCUGGCCCGCCUGGUCAAUUUCCUCAACACCAGGGACCGAUUGGACCACCUGGCCAGCAACGUCCAGGUGCCCCUGGUGGACCUCCUGGAGCUCCUGCUAACCCCCCUAAACCCACGUCAGAGCUUCCUACACCUCAACCGACCAGCAAGACCGCGACUCCAGCACCUGGUGCCGCGCCAGAAGGUCCAGCACCUCCAGUCGAACCCAAGCCUACCGUUGCAGAAGUCGCCCGUGGAGCUGCCCCUGUAGCACCAACUGCAACUGCGCCUGCUCCUCAGAUACCGUCGAAAUUGCCUCCUAGUGGCCCUAAAAAUGACAGAUUCAUACCCGCCAUUCCCAUCGCCAACCCAGCUGUUAAGCCCACAGUCCCACUUUCAACCGCGCAGCAGGGUGCAGUUGCUGCAUCUCAAAGCACAGCACAAGCAGCUAUCACGGAAGCCACCCGAGCUGCGACAGCUGCUGUUGCAGCGGCAAUGGCCAAACUUCCGCAACCUGGCGCAAAGAAACCGGCCGAGGCCGGUGUUGACGACAUGACGAAGAGAUUCAAUGAUCUGAAACCAUACGAUAACAACCGUAUGAAUCGCGGUGCACGCCAUGGCCCACGAGGCGGCCGCACCCACGGCCCGCGAGGUGGUCCACAUGUUGCAGGCAAAAAGUUAGAGCUUCCAGAUACCGAUUUUGACUUUGAAUCCGCGAACGCCAAGUUCAAUAAACAAGAUCUAGUGAAGGAAGCAAUCGCUACUGGAUCUCCUAUUGUCGAGGAAGAGAAGGAGACUAAGCCAGAAGAGGUACCAACAAGUCCCUCGGCAGCUCCUUCAGCAUACAACAAAUCAUCGUCAUUCUUCGACAACAUUUCGAGCGAGAUCCGAGAUCGGGAAGAGAACACAAUUCGUCCUCGUGAACGCCGUGGUGAAGAAGAAAAGAAAAACAUUGAAACGUUCGGUCAAGGCAGUGUGGACGGCUAUCGUGGCUAUCGCGGACGUGGUAGAGGACGUGGCUAUGGCCGCGGAGGAUACAACCGUGGAUAUGGAAACCGAGGACGAGGAAACUACCGUGGCCGGGGUGCUUCGCAGUCUACUGGCGUUCCUACACAGUCUUAG